GUAUUAUCGAGGUCCCCUCUCUCGCGCCAGAGAGAACAAACAAUUUAAAAGACUCGAUUAUAUCCUGCCCCGUCAUUCCCGGCUCGAGCACCGAGCCAGCGAGAUUUUUUCGUACGUGUGCGUUAAACAAGUGAUCAUAUUACGUGCAUUAAUCGCGAGUCGAGCGGUAGUCGGCUCACGAUCAUUGUUUGUCUCGCGAGAUUACCUCCACCAAGACCUGUUGCAUCCGCAUCGAUCGUAAAAUUUUUUUAAAAUUAUGUCUCUGAAGUUUUAUUAUGAUCUACUCUCGCAACCAUCGAGAGCGUUGUACAUAUUUCUCAAAAAGUGCAACAUACCGUUCGAAAAGAAGAUCGUAAAUCUGAAGGAUCUCGAACAAUACACUCCAGAAUUUGAAGAGAUCAAUCGGUUCAAGAAAGUCCCUGUUAUAGAUCACGAUGGCUUCAAACUUGCUGAAAGUGUAGGGAUUGUGCGAUACCUGAGCCGAGAAUUUAAGGUGGACGAUCACUGGUAUCCGUCUGAUUCAAAAAAGCAGGCGAAAGUUGAUGAGUAUCUUGAAUGGCAGCAUCUCAACACGAGACUUCAUUGCGCAACAUAUUUCUUAACGAAGUUUCUUAAUCCGCUCAUGCGAGGUAAACCGCCAAAGCCAGAAAAGGUAGCCGAAUUCGAAAGUCGUAUGAACGAUUGCAUCGAUCUUAUUGAGAAUGUGUGGCUGAAAGACACACCAUUCUUGAUAGGGAACACAAUCAGUGUAGCUGAUAUAUUCUGCGCUUGUGAAUUGGAACAACCACGAAUAGCUGGUUACGAUCCGAAAAAAGGGAGACCCCGCCUGACUGCCUGGAUGGAAAGAGUUAUGUCGGAAACAAGUCCUCACUAUCAAGAUGCUCAUAAAUUCUUAAAUCAAAUGGCUGCACAAAAUCCAACGCAAAAUUUUAAUUUUAAACUUUAAUUGUAUACAAAUGCCACUUUUUGUGUAGCGUCCACAAAUAUGUAUAUAUCGCAUAUGUAAUCUGGUCUUAUCAGUGAUAAUAUCUUUGAUGGCUUUUAUUUUGCUACUUUUAGUAUUUUUUGAAUAAAUAUUUACAUUUUAUUACGUGAUAUACGUAUCA